AUGAAGGGAAUUUGUGUAAAUACGCAAACUAUCAAACGAAUAAAUGCAAAAUGGCAGUAUAAGGGAAUAAGCACAUGUGUGAAAAUGUUAUGGAAUAUAAAAGCUUUAAAAUAUGAAAAUAUAUACAAUACAAAUUUAAAAACAAAACAAUUCACAAACUUAAUAAAAAAAAAUGAAUAUAAUACAUAUAAAAAUCGAGGCUUUAAUUAUGGAUACUACAAUAAUAACCAUAAUUAUAUGAGCAUGAAUAAUAAUGACAAUACUCCAAAUAAUAUGGCUAGCUAUGGAAAUAAUGGAACUAAUUACUCAAAUGCUAAGUAUGACUCUUCAAAUAAUUUUUAUCAAUCAAAAUAUAAUUCUAAUACAAAUAAUGAAAAUACAGACAAUAAUAUAACAUAUCAAUAUUAUAGCAUUUUUGGAAGUACAGCUAUGUGCUUAAUAAAACCAGUAUUCCCAGAUUGCAUUGUUAAUAAAAAUAAAUCAACUAUAUAUGGUAAAGGGGGGCUUCAAUUUGUAUUUAUGAAAAGGCAAAAUAAUUGUAACCGAUAUGACAAAAAUAAUAAAAUGAAUAUUUUUCUUAAAAUUAAUAAUUUAUCAAAUAUGUUAUUUUUAACAAAUAUUGAAAAUUUAACAUCACCAAUAACUAUUAAAGGAAGUAAUAAUAAUUAUUUAAUUAUUGAUAGGCAUGCAAGUAAAAAUGAUCAUAUUGUUAUAAAAUAUAAAUAUAAUCCAUCCAAUAUUACCGAAAAUAAUAAUUUUAAUGAUAUAAAUAAUAUAGAUAUGGAAGUUACUGAAAAUGCUAAUAUAAAUGACGACCAAAAAAAUAAUUAUGAAGAGUUACAUGUUAGUUGUGCAUUUUCAGAGUUUUUAUUUUUUCAAAAAGCUGCUAAUUUAUUACUUCCCCAACUUAUAGGUUGGGCAAAACCAUAA